UCCUCGCCGCCAAGCGACAGCCAGGCCGGGUCCUCGCCGCCCGAUGCAGCCGACGACAGGGCCCGGGCCGCGUCCGCCAUGAAGAUGGAGCGCCAGCGCAAGUACCGCAAGCGACAAAAGACCGAGCGCGAGUACCUCCAGCACCAAGUCGCCGAGCUCACGGCGCACCUGGCGCUGCUCCGCGACGCCGACACGUCGCAGCACACGUCGCAGUGGGAGGCCAUGUCGAUUGCCCAGCGUUCGUACACGUAUCAAGCACACUUGGAGAACGCACGGCUCAAGCGGGCGCUCGAGGACCAGCUCAUCGUUGCCAAAGCGCUCGACAAGCUCCUGUGCAAGCGCCCACAGCUCGCGGCAUUCCCGACCUUGGACGUAGCCGAAUGGAAAUUCCAACAGCUGCCGACCGAGCCCGUAGCGCGAGCAGCCGCGUUCCACAGCCUCGUGGAUGCUGCGUACGCCGACGUCGACGCCAUCUUCCUCCGGAAGCGACUCUACGACGCCGUGGACGGCCACCGGACGAUCCAGCUGCAGCCAAAGGACGACCAUCUCGCACUGGAGACGCAGAGCGUCGCUAGCAUGAACUGCUCGUUCGUCGCGUCGGCCGAAAAGUACUGGAACCUCUGGGCCAAGGAAGGCGACAUGGCGUUUCCCUGCAAAGUCCACGAGGUGCUCGAGUCGUUUGGCCCCGACACUGCGUACUGCAGAGACACGUGCUUGACGGCCGUGGCGGGCGGCGUCCCUUAUCUUCAGCGGCUCUCGGCCUUGAAGCGCUACACGGAACCGCACCGCGUCGUGAUUGUACUGAAAUCGAUUUUGGCCGACGCGCGGUACCCGAUCGCGCCGGGUCUUUUGAUUGGCAAUCAAACGUGCAUAUACGUGGCCGAAGCGACGAGCGACACGAGCUGCCGCCGCCGCAUGUGUCUCCUCGGUGAAAUUCCCAUGACGCUCCCAGCCGACAACCCGUUUGAGAGCGUGCCCAAGGUGAUGAUGGCCGAUGUUCUCCUCCACCAGCUUGCGCCCCUUGUUGAUGCGAUUGAGCAAAUGUUGACAAUGGAAUAGAAAAUCCGGGAAAUACGAUAUUUUUCCUUGUCCAAAGAGAAUUGUCGAAAAUUCACGUGAUUCGUCGUAUA